AUGGCCUCCCGCACAGCCCUCCGGGGCUUUUCCCGCUCAUUGGAUCCCUCAAAAUGCUCUGCUACUUCUGUUCGUUCCUUCUGCUCCUCCAAUGCUCUCCGCAGCAACAACAAUAGCACAACCCCUACAUCCGAUCGCCCUACCCACUUUGGCUAUGAGACAGUCACCGAGGCCGAGAAGCAACAGCGUGUUGCUGGUGUAUUUACCAAAGUUGCCGAGUCAUAUGAUAAGAUGAACGAUUUCAUGUCAUUAGGAAUCCAUCGUCUUUGGAAGGACUAUUUUAUCUCUUCACUCAACCCUGGCUCAACGAACCCCCCUGGACAACCUCAGCGGAUUCUCGAUGUAGCUGGUGGAACUGGUGAUAUUGCUUUCCGUCACCUGCAACACGCCCAUGAAUUCAAUUGCAACCCCAACGUCUCCGUUAUCAUUUCCGACAUCAACCCCGACAUGCUGGCAGUUGGUCGCCAGCGCUCUCUCGUUCUCCCUGCUACUCAGCAGUCCGCUCUCUCUUUUCUUGAGGCAAAUGCCGAGGUCCUGCCUUCUCAAAUCGAAGAUAACUCGCUGGACCUUUACACGGUCGCCUUCGGUAUCCGCAACUUUUCCAAUAUCCCUGCUGCCCUGAAGGAGGCACACCGAGUUCUUAAGCCUGGUGGUGUAUUUGCAUGCCUCGAAUUCUCCAAGGUUGACAAGCACCCCAUUUUCAACACUAUCUAUAAGCAGUGGUCCUUUAAGGGGAUUCCUCUGAUCGGCCAGCUCGUGGCAGGAGAUCGUGAUAGCUACCAAUAUCUGGUGGAGAGCAUUGAGAGAUUCCCCAGUCAAACCGAGUUCAGGAAUAUGAUCAAGGACGCGGGAUUUGUUGUUGCUGGAGAAGGUUAUGAGGAUCUAACCGGUGGUAUUGCCGCUAUUCAUAAGGGCAUGAAGCCUGUGUAA